GGGCGGACGCCCCGCCGUCGGUUUUCGGCCUCUUUCCGAUCCGCGCAUUUUGUCGGCGACGGGUUUUUUGUUGGUUUUUUGUUGGUUUGUUGGUUUGUUUUUAGCUGACUUGUCGCUGAGCUUUGGUGUAUUAGUCGAAGUUUUUAGCCAAGUUAUUUGUAAUCGCGUCGUCGUUCGUGCUGACGUCAGCUGGCCCGUUGUGAACGCGUUUGCCUGUCGUUGUUUUGAAUCAUGGAUCCGGCAGUGGGCAGCAAGGAGGCGCCGCAGAGCCCGUGGGGUGUUAGUAGCGUGGCUCCGUCCUGCUCCCUGGCUGAUGUGAUGAGUGAGCAGUUAGCCAAACAGCUGGAUGAGGAGAACAACCCUUUCCCCUCUCUCUCUGAUCCCAGUGCUGAGCUGGAGCUGUUGAGAGAUGAGUGUGAUACGACCAGUGACCUGAUGCUCGCCCAGAUGCUGCAGAUGCAGUACGACCGUGAGUUCGAUACGCAGCUCCGCCUCGAGGAGAGGAAGUUCAACGGAGACAGCAAAGUGUCCAUCUCUUUUGAGAACUAUCGUAUGGUCCACCCAUAUGAGGACAGUGACAGCUCAGAGGACGAAGUGGACUGGCAGGACACACGAGACGACCCUUACAGAGCUGAAAAGCCCCAGACGACCCCCAGGAAGGGUUUCACAGGGAAAGGCAAGAAUAUCACCACCAAGCACGACGAGGAGGUCUGUGGACGGAAAAACACCGCUCGCAUGGACAAUUUUGCUCCAGAGGUUCAUGUGGGAGAUGGUUUAGGAAUGGAUCUGAAGUUAUCCAACCAGGUCUUCAACUCUCUGAAGCAGCACUGCCACAGCGAACAGCGCCGCUGUGCCCGACUGCACGAGAAGAAGGAGCACUCUACUGCUGAACAAGCAGUCGAUCCCCGGACCCGUUUACUCAUGUAUAAGAUGGUGAAUGCUGGUGUGCUGGACAAAGUCAACGGCUGCAUCAGCACCGGGAAAGAGUCUGUCAUCUUCCAUGCUGAUGGAGGGAGCCUGGAGGAGCAACCUGUACCAGAGGAGGUGGUGCUGAAGGUGUAUAAGACAACGCUGAAUGAGUUUAAGAACAGAGAUCGCUACAUCAAAGACGACUACCGAUUCAUCGACCGCUUCAGCAAACUCAACCCCCGCAAAGUUAUCCGUCUCUGGGCGGAGAAGGAGAUGCACAACCUCACUAGGAUGAAGAGGGCAGAGAUUCCAUGUCCGGAAGUGGUUUUGUUGAAGAAACACAUCCUGGUGAUGUCAUUCAUCGGCAGAGACCAUGCUCCUGCUCCCAAAAUUAAAGACGCCAUGUUGAGUGCAGAAGAAAUGAAUAGAGCCUACCACCAGGUCUUACAUAUGAUGCAGCAGAUGUAUCAGGAGUGUAACUUGGUCCACGCUGACCUCAGUGAAUACAACAUACUCUGGCAUGAUGGCAAGGUGUGGUUUAUAGAUGUCAGUCAGUCUGUUGAGCCCACCCAUCCUCACGCCCUGGAGUUCCUUUUCAGAGACUGUAGGAACGUUUCCACAUUCUUUCAGAAGGGAGGUGUGAGCGACACAAUGAGUGUGUAUGACCUUUUCAACGCUGUGACAGGAUUCAACAUUGCUGUCAGUGGAGAGGAAGAGGCUGCCUUCCUUGCACAGAUCGAGGCUUUUGAGAAGAGGAAUGAGGACCACAUCCAGCGACGGGGGAAGAAGUUUUUUCCUGUUGCCGUGGAUGACAGGCCUCCCCCUUUAGAACCCGAUGUGGACGACUAACGGUCGCCCUGCCAGCCCCAGCCAUGCUGAUUACUCUGUAAGGAGGAGGAGGCCCCCGGGGGCCCGCCACCUCUUGCCAACCACCCUAUCAUACUCUGGGUGUGUCCCUCACCCACCUCAUUCCAAGAGGAGGAGCCAUGACAUCAGAGAACUUCACUAGAGUGAAAUGACCCAUGACCUUUCAACCCUGACAUCAUUCACCUCUGAGGUCACGCCAAGGUCAAAACCAUGGAAGAAGCAGGGGGUCUACUGCUUCUCAGGGUCUUUUAAAUCUUUCUGUCUGUCGUGUUGUCUGUCUGUCCUGUCAUGAGUGUGUGUGUGUCUGUUUGGAGAUAGGGAGACUGAAUGUGCACCCACUUAGUCCCAUGUCUGUUUUCAGGGUGAACCUUGACAAUAGGGGAACUUGACACAGGAAGUGUUUAACUGACAGGUAGGUGAGAACAUCCCGUCUCUGAAUCCAUCAGCCCUUCACCUUUUCUUCCUCUUUUCAGUAGUUGUCAGUAAUCAUCUGGGAAGCAGAGGCGCUGUGAAACUGGGCACAUCAGCAGGUGGUACUUCCUGUAGAAAACCUGGACUCUAGUUAUUACCUUUCACCUUUCGUUGUCCUCUGACAACAGUGACCAGAGGGGGGACAGGUGUGUGUGUGUUUGUGUGUGUGUUUGGGGAUACCCUGGUCAGGUAAUGGAUUAGCUGGAUGACUGACCAACCCAGUCACCUAGUUAAAAGUUUGAAAUGUUUUGUGUGAGGAGCAGCUGAACUUGUUGUGCUUGGCAGAAAAAGGAGAAUAUCCUUACAGCCUGUUUACUCUGUACGGCAGUUUGACUCCGGCAUCGUGCUGUUAGAUGUCUGACAGUUUGGUCGGUCUUUCCACUCGCUGACAUUCAUUUUGAGAGAACGUAAAAGCAGAAGGUCUCUGGUUCCGCACCAGCCGUGCAGGUGGCUGAUGUGUCCUUGUGCAAAACCAACCUAUAACUCCUCACACGUCACUCAUCUGUCAUUAUCCAUCGUAAGUCACACUAGGCUACACCUAAAUGACUCGGAAUCAUAUCUACCUAGCCAUCAAACGAAGGCCUGGUUCUAAUCUAAAACCAGUUGAAUCCUGUUGAAGUGGUCGUUGACCUCUGACCUUUACCAGAUGUGUUGGCUGAUGAGUAGUUAGGCUUCCUGUUCUGCUUGUUGUCUCUACAACCACCAUGUCUCUGAUUUGGUGGGAAAGUGCCGUGUUUCACAGUGUCCUGUCUCCUGUCACAGCUUUCUGUGCUUUCUCUCGAGUCCGUGAACACCACGGAAAAAAACAUCAGCAGGAGAAAAGUGUCAUUCUUUGUGCGCUCAUUUGACGUUUCUAAUGAAAUUACACAAAGGUUGUCACACGACCAGAAUCAUGAAAGGAUUGAGCAGCCCAUUCGCUGUGCCAGCCACAUCACAGACCUGAACAGCAGUUAAGACCUUCGUGUCAUCAGCAUAAUCACGUGUGAUUAUAUGGCCAUCGCUGCAGUUUUGGUCAUGUGUGGAUGUGAUGAAGCUGAGGUGUGUGUCUACGUAAACCAUGUGUGAUUUAGAAAGUCAUCCGUGUGUUCAGAUAUAAACAUGUUUUUUUUUCAUAAUCUUGAUAGUUUGAAGAUAAAAAGUUUGCAUUAAAUAUAAUUGAGGGAGUCAACCAAAACUUAACAAUUUUGAAGUGUCAGAAAGUAAACGUGGAUUUUCACCUUCAUUAAUGGAUCAUAGAAAUGCAGGGAAGUAAACUGCUUUUUCCAUGCUGACGUUCAGCAGCGGCUGCGGUUUUUUCUCAUAAGGGUUGGUGCUUGUGAGAAAACAAUCAAGGUGUUUUGGAGGCCGAAGUGUUUGAUGAGCCUUUGAACGUGAUCUUAUAAUUAACUGAAUAGUAAUUGAAUUUUGGUAUAUUGCUCAUAUUAAAACAUGUCCUCCUGUGUGAAUGUUUGCUGCAGUUGAAAAUUGACAACAUGGGGCGAAGCAAUGCCAAAAGUGCAAUAAAACAAGAGUUAUUGGUGAAUUAGACCAAUGAUUGAUAUUUUUAAUCUCAAUAAUGUCUAUCAAAGUAAUUGAAAUUUAAUUAUAUUAAUGCAACCCUGUGGCUGGGGAAGGAACUCUGUUUACAAACUAAAACACGUUUGGAGGAAUUGCCCUUUAAUGAGUUGUGUGUUGCUGGUGUAAGGCUACAAGACAAGAAGCUAAUCAGAUCCACUAACCUGUGAGGUUUGAGGAUUCAUGACCUUGGACCUCUGAUGGUUGGGUGUCAAAGAGCGGCUGGACUUUAGAAGUACUUUAUUCAUCCCAAGGGAAAUUAAACUGUCCAUUUAAUGUAACAACGGCUUCAAUUUCCACACGAAGAAAUAUUUCCUUAUUGAUUGUAAUCAAUGAAAGCACGUAAAGUCAUGUUUUGAGAUUUUUACAUUUUAGAUUGUCAGCAUAUAAACAUUCUAAAACGGCUCAUUUUGUGAACUUAUGGCUCAUAAUGGGAAACUAAUUGCAACAAGCAGGGGAAGCAGUCACUUCUCCAUCAUCUUCUUUACCAGUUUAUACCAUCUUCUGUACCAUCCAUACCAGUUGUCUGAAGCGUUAUGAUGCUGGUGCUUUUGGUGUGUCUUCAAUGCAGUGGUGACAAUAAAUUUUUA